AUGUUUAACUUCUCCCUCUCGAGAAGCUAUGGGUCUUCAAAGACAGGGAGGAGAACAAGAACUGGAAGAUCCAAAACCAUAAAAACAAAAAAAACCACGAGAAAGCUCAAUGAUCUGGCCAUUAAAUCUCUUCCAAAAGAAUUGUUGGUCGAUGUUCUUGCUCGGGUUGCCUCCUCUUCCUUUACAGAUCUCUUCAACGCCAAGUUAUGCUGCAGAGAUUUUCUUGGAGCAGCAGAUGAAGAUUAUAUCCUUGAACACGUAUCGAUCAACAGAUUCCCAGUGAUUCCGUGGUUCACAAGGGAUGAAGUCGUCGCCUUCUUAAAUCGCUGCAAGGAUAAUGGAAACCCUGAGGCACUCUACAGACAAGGCCUGGGCAUCCAGUCUUUUUAUUUCAUUCUUGUAAAGAUGGUAAUAGGCACAUUGAUAGUUCAUGCUCUUGAUGAGAAAGUGAGAGCUUAUUACAAUUUGGAGAGGCUUUGGACCGCAGAGACAUCAAACAAAGAACAAACUCAGGAAUUGGAGAAGGCUUUCGUGAAGGUGCGCCGCAAGAAUAACUCUAAAAAACCUGUGCAGUCAAAUGGUUAG